AUGGUCUCGCCCCUUCUCACCUUCCGGACGGAAACGGCCUCGUUCCGCGAAAACGGCCACGUAGACAUGCUCUCAGCCGCCAUCGUUAGCAGGGGCAAUACGUACAUCUUCGCGGCCGAAUCUCUCAAGAGGCAGGUCGCGAACCCUCACCGGCCGCUGCCUCUCGACGGCGACCCCGAGUGGUUCGGCGAGGUCCAGACCGUCGCCAAGGCGGUCUACUUCACCGCCGGUGGGCAGGAGGUGUUCCGAGACGAUGUACGGGCGUUCGCAGAGGCUGUGAGGCGUUGCAACCCGGACGUGGACUUCAAGCUGGACGUGGCGGCCAAUGAGGUCCACGAUUCGAUACUGCUCGAGGCGGAGCUCGGCGUGGCAGGAGAUGCCACCAAGAGGAUGAGGCAGUGGACUUCAAAGUGUCUUGCGUAA